AUGUUUAUCCUGGUCAAACAAAAAAAUGAUGGGGAUAAUUUUUUCCCAAAUCAAAGCUAUGAAUGUCACAUUCAGAAGUUAACUGUUCUAGUUGUGGAAAAACGAAUCUGUCCACUUGAUGAAGACUCCGGAGAUGCUACCAAACAUGCCAGCAAAAGGGAACCUGAGUUUCCUAGUUUUUCAUUUCGUCCAUCUUCCUGCUCCUGCUCUUGGUUGCCCAGAGCACUGAGAGCAUGCCGCAGGUUUCCUGAAAUUCGCAGUAAAGCAGAUAACCUCAGCUUUCUUUCUUUUUUUCGUGUCUGUCAUUCAAUCCUUCCGCCAGAUUCCUCAUGUUUGACUGCAAGAUCUCUGGGCACAGGCAUGUUUCUUGCUCUAUAUGUACAAGAUCAUCUUACAACAUAUGAUAAGGACCACAUCCAAGCUAUCACUGAUGCUCUGAUUAAUGCAUGCCACAACAAAUAUGCUGUCAGCAAAACAACCACAUUAAAUGAUGAUGAAAUUAUAAGCACUGUGAGUGACCUCUCUGGAGCUGAUGGAAAGAUUGGGAUGAAAUCACCCAGGUUUGAAGACAGGAAACUUUUACCCUACACAGAAGCUUUUAUAAAUGAAAUAUUCAGGCACACCUCAUUUCUUCCUUUCACUAUUCCUCAUUGUACUACAACAGACACUACUCUGAAUGACUCUUUCAUUCCCAGGAAAAUAUGCACCUUUAUUAAUAUGUAUCAAGUAAAUCAUGAUGAGUCUAUGACCUCUGGUGCAGAGAAAACAAAUUUUUCUCCUAGGAAGAGGGUGACAUCUAUAGACAAAGAGAUCCAGUUCUUUAUGAAGUCAGAACUAUUUGGGAUAAUCCCAAUUUACUUAGACCUGAGAGACUUCUGA